AUGUGUCCACCAAAUAAAAGUAUUGAAAAUAUCAUUGACUCACGUAUACAUCAUGGAAAAAUGAUUGAUCAAUCUGGUGCAAAUUAUCCAAUGAAGGGAAAGAAUGAUCAGGAACUCACAUCAAACAAUGCCACUACUACUACUACUACUGCUAAUAAUAAUAAUACUGUUACUAGUAAUAAUCAUCGUAGAGAAGAUCGUGUUAAACGUCCAAUGAAUGCAUUUAUGGUCUGGUCCCGUGGUCAGCGGAGACGUAUGGCACAAGAGAAUCCUAAAAUGCAUAAUUCUGAGAUAAGUAAACGUCUUGGUUCAAUGUGGAAAAAUUUAUGUGAAACAGAUAAAAAGCCAUUUAUAGAUGAAGCGAAACGUUUAAGAGCUAAUCAUAUGGCACAAUAUCCAGAUUAUAAAUAUCGUCCAAGACGUAAACAUAAACCAUUAGAGAAACAUAAAAAGGCAUCGAAUCAAUUAACAUAUGGAGCAAUGAAUAAUUAUGUAAAUAAUAAUACAAUACCAUAUUCACAUAAUACUGGUGGAAGUGUAACAACAGGAUCAAUAAUUCAUUGUAAUGUUAAUCAUUCAAUGGAUCCAAUUAUUUCAUCAUCUACACAAUCACAUCAUCAACAUUUUAGUCAACAUAUACAUAAACAUGAACAUCAUCAUCAUCUUCAUGGAUUAUUUAAUCCAUCGAAUACACGAAUCCCAUCAAAUUAUCCUUAUUUAAGUAAUCAAUCAAUUAAUUAUGUACCCGAACAUAUUAAAGAUAAUCAACAUAUUCCUGAAGUAAUACAACAUCAAGAAAUAAUCGAUAUUCAACCAAAAAUAUCAGGAUCAUUGAUAAGAAAUCAACAUUCACAAGAUUUUUCAAUGAAUCAUUUACACUCGAAUAUGAUACCAUAUUAUGGUAAUGAUUUUAAUGAUCAGAUAGAUAAGAAUAGAAGUUUAAGGCAAUCAUUGUUGAAUACGGAUAAUCCAUCGACUAGUCUAUCAACAGGAAGAUUUGAACAUACCUCAUUUCAUACACAGUCAAUGUAUGCUAGUCGACAAAUUUCUGGACAAUAUCGAGAUAUUACUCAUUCAAUGAAUAGUAGUAACAAUAAUCGUAAUAGUGGUGGAAGACUUCUACGACAAGAAGGUGUAUAUAGAGCAGAUGAUCUGAAUCCGAGCAUUCCUAUAACACAGAAUAAUCAAACCAGCAACAUUGGUACUACUUCACAAUUGAUGCCAACAGAUAUGUCCAGUCCAUUUUCAGCUGUUGCCGCAGCAGCUUUAGCCGCUGUGGCUGUCAGUGAUACAUCUGUAGAACAGAAUUCUGAAGGGAAUAAUUCAAAUUCAAUGACAUUUAUGCAAAGAUUAGGUGGUACACCAUGGUCAAUGUUUUAUACAAAUAAUGGAGGGAAUAUUAUAAAUCCAAUAAGAAUACAAUCUGAACGAUCAUUAAUCAAUCGAUCAAUAAUAAAAUCGAAUCAAACCGGUGGAUCAAGUUUAGAUUCACCACCACCAUUUUCAAUUAAUCGUAGUGGUUCCACUACACCUAUUUUAAACAAUAACAAUAAUAAUAAUACUAAUAAUGGUAAUAGUUUCGUCCAUCCAACAUCAUCAUCAUCAUCAACAGUGGUGACUUCAACAUCAAAUGGGAAUUCGCAUAAUGCAGCAGCAGCAAUGAUGGCAGCUGUGGCUGCAGCAAAUUAUGCAGCUACUCAACUUGCUUAUUAUGGCGCUAGUACAACUUCAAACAAUGAAACUUCAGUAUAUUCACAUCAACAAAAUGGUAAUAUUAUUACUGGAUAUAAUACAGAUACACUUUCAUCGAAUUGGUUAACUAAUCCUAAUGGGAAUAUUAAUCCAGUAUAUCAUCGACAUGAUAUUGAUCCAUUGAAUAUUUCAAGGAAUGAAAUAACUAAUUCAACAUCUUAUACAACAUUGGAUCCAUAUCAUUGUAAUAAUUUAUCAACACAAUUUCAUAUGAACCGAUAUCCUACAUGGUUAGAACGUUUUGAACCAGCACCAUAGCAACAAGAUGAUAUACAAUGUUGUUAUUCAAUAUCAUAGAACCCAAUUCUAAUGUACAGUUAAUUACUAUUCAUCUUCCCCACCUCUACCCCACUCAUUCCGUUAAACAUAUACAUAUAAGUUACCUUUUUCAAAGCAUUUUCUUUACAUAAAAAUGUAUAGUUUUUCUUGAAUAAUUUUCCCCUUUCUUUGUCAACUCUAUUUAUUAUUAUUGAUUCUAUGAAAAUCAUUGCCAAUUAUCUUUUGAUUAAACCUUUAGAAAGGGGAAAGUAUACAUAUUCACUGACUUCCUAGAAUGAUGAACAAGCAUACAUUCUUGUUGUAUAGAAAAUAUUCAUCGGUUUCACCUAUUCUAAUCCCUUUAAAGAUGAAUCUCAUAAAAAAAACUUUACACAAAUCAAUAUUGAUUGCUUAGAAACAAUAGCC